AUGGUUGAAAAGGAGGUUGCAAUAGCGCGCCUGCAAAGCACGCUCCUGCGUCUAUCAAAAGACGACCUUAUCAAGCUACUGAAGAGCACGUACCAGGCUAUGCGUAUUAAACAUGGCAUACCCUUUGAGCGUGCAGAAUCAAGGUCGUCAAGUUCUCCAGCUCAGCGUGAAUUACGCGGGAAAGGUGCAAAGACACCGGCUGUAGCACGUGGUAAGCGCAAACACACUACUGUACGAAGAAAACAAUCGGACUCUGCAUCUGAUACUGGAAGCUUCCGCAAAGUGGAACAACCAACAUUCCGUCAGGUUGAUCGAUUAACAGAUGAUUUUGAUGACCUCCAUUUAUCAAGUAUGUCUUAUGACUCCGACGAGGUCAAUGUAUCGGAUCCUGCUGCUGAUGAGCAACCUUCAGAUAUUUCACCGACACGUCUUGUUGCUGGGAAUUCUGAAAACAAACCAGAUAACACUAUUAGUGACCACGAGUACGCUAUUCAGACACUAAAGGAUGACGUCAGGCAAUUAGUACCUCCACUCGACUUUUCAGGUAUAGGACCCAGUGCUAAGGAGGCAUAUAAGCUGAAAGAUUUCCUGCCAACACCGGAAGAAUGCCCAACUAAUUGUUACACUAACGUGAAGGAUAGUGAUGAGACAACAGCAAUGGCCGGUGCGGACAAUAGAGAUCAACAUUUUCUAGGGUCCGUAGCGGGUUACGGGUACCAAGGUAACGCUAGCUAUCCUAUGCCACAACCCUGUGCGGUCGUACCGGGUAACUACGCAAUGGCUCCACCUCCGGGCGUUUGGUUUCGGGGACCACCUAACACACAAUUUGUACGGGCGGGGCCUAGAAUGUACCCAGUACACCCUCUCAGGCCAGUUGGAAGUGGUAACCCCGCCUAUCGCGAUAUACACCAUUAUGGGAAUAUCCUUCCGGUUCAAGUCCGCAGCCACUCGGUGCAGCGUCUGUAA